AGGACGAAAGUUGCAGUCCGGCCUACGGGCCCGGGGGCCGCGGAGCCCCCCCGCCGUCCCCCGGGGGAGAUGGACCUCAACCGGAUCAUCCAGGCGCUAAAGGGCACCAUCGACCCGAAGCUGCGGAUCGCGGCGGAGAACGAGCUCAACCAGUCCUACAAGAUUAUCAAUUUUGCCCCCAGUUUACUUCGGAUUAUAGUCUCUGACCAUGUGGAAUUCCCAGUGCGCCAGGCAGCUGCCAUUUACUUGAAGAACAUGGUGACACAGUACUGGCCGGACCGAGAACCUCCCCCAGGAGAAGCAAUAUUUCCAUUCAACAUUCAUGAAAAUGAUCGCCAGCAAAUACGUGAUAACAUUGUGGAAGGAAUAAUUCGGUCUCCAGAUUUAGUGAGAGUCCAGUUAACAAUGUGUCUCCGUGCCAUCAUUAAAUGCGAUUUCCCUGGUCACUGGCCAGCAGUAGUCGACAAGAUAGACUAUUACUUGCAGUCACAGAGCAGCGGAAGCUGGCUUGGCAGUUUAUUAUGUCUGUAUCAACUGGUGAAGACAUAUGAAUAUAAGAAAGCAGAGGAAAGAGAGCCGCUUAUAGCAGCAAUGCAAAUAUUUCUGCCCCGUAUUCAACAUCAAAUCAUGCAGCUCCUUCCUGAUUCCUCACAUUAUUCUGUGUUACUACAGAAACAGAUUUUGAAAAUCUUUUAUGCACUUGUUCAGUAUGCAUUGCCUCUUCAGCUGGUGAAUAACCAAACCAUGACAACGUGGAUGGAGAUCUUUCGAGCUAUUAUUGAUAGGACAGUUCCCCCUGAGACUAUGCAAAUUGAUGAGGAUGAUCGACCAGAACUAGUCUGGUGGAAGUGUAAGAAGUGGGCGCUGCAUAUUGUAGCUCGUCUUUUUGAACGAUAUGGAAGCCCAGGAAAUGUCACAAAAGAAUAUUUUGAAUUUUCUGAAUUCUUUUUGAAAACCUAUGCAGUGGGAAUUCAGCAGGUACUACUAAAAAUUUUAGACCAAUAUAGACAGAAAGAGUACAUCGCUCCGCGGGUCCUUCAGCAAGCGUUCAACUACCUCAACCAAGGGGUUGUUCACUCUGUAACGUGGAAGCAGAUGAAGCCGCACAUACAGAAUAUCUCUGAAGAUGUGAUUUUUUCUGUGAUGUGUUAUAAAGAUGAGGAUGAAGAGCUGUGGCAAGAAGAUCCCUAUGAGUACAUAAGGAUGAAAUUUGACAUUUUUGAAGAUUAUGCUUCUCCUACCACAGCAGCCCAGACUCUCUUAUAUACUGCUGCAAAGAAAAGAAAAGAGGUCUUGCCAAAAAUGAUGGCUUUCUGUUAUCAAAUCCUAACAGACCCGAACUUUGACCCAAGGAAGAAAGAUGGAGCCCUGCAUGUGAUUGGUUCCCUAGCUGAUAUUUUAUUGAAGAAGAGUUUAUUCAAGGACCAAAUGGAGUUAUUGCUGCAGAAUCAUGUAUUUCCAUUAUUAUUGUCUAAUCUGGGAUAUCUUCGAGCUAGAUCUUGUUGGGUACUUCAUGCAUUUAGUUCUUUGAAGUUUCAUAAUGAGCUCAAUCUAAGAAAUGCACUCGAACUAGCAAAGAAGAGCUUGAUUGAAGAUAAGGAGAUGCCUGUCAAAGUUGAAGCUGCCCUUGCUCUUCAGUCAUUAAUUUCUAACCAGACACAAGCUAAGGAAUAUAUGAAGCCACAUGUGAGGCCUAUUAUGCAGGAGCUGUUGCACAUUGUUAGAGAGACAGAAAAUGAUGAUGUGACGAAUGUUAUCCAGAAGAUGAUAUGUGAAUACAGUCAAGAAAUAGCCUCCAUUGCUGUCGAUAUGACCCAACAUUUGGCAGAGAUAUUUGGCAAAGUUCUUCAAAGUGAUGAAUAUGAAGAAGUUGAAGACAAAACAGUAAUGGCUAUGGGAAUUUUACAUACCAUUGAUACUAUCUUGACAGUUGUUGAAGAUCAUAAAGAGGUUACUCAGCAAUUAGAGAAUAUCUGUCUACGGAUCAUUGAUCUUGUUUUACAGAAACAUAUAAUUGAAUUCUAUGAAGAAAUUCUUUCCCUGGCAUAUAGUUUAACCUGCCGUGGUAUUUCCCCUCAAAUGUGGCAGCUUCUAGCUAUAUUAUACGAGGUUUUUCAGCAGGAUUGUUUUGAAUAUUUUACAGACAUGAUGCCACUCUUGCAUAAUUAUGUGACAAUAGAUACAAAUACCUUACUGUCAAAUCCAAAGCAUUUAGAGAUACUUUUCACCAUGUGUAGAAAGGUACUAUAUGGAGAUGCAGGAGAAGAUGCAGAAUGUCAUGCAGCCAAACUGCUUGAAGUCAUCAUUCUUCAGUGCAAAGGAAGGGGAAUCGAUCAGUGCAUUCCACUCUUUGUUCAGCUUGUUUUGGAGAGAUUAACCCGAGGGGUCAAAACCAGUGAGCUCCGGACUAUGUGUCUUCAGGUUGCGAUUGCUGCCUUGUACUACAACCCUGAUUUGCUGCUACAUACCCUAGAGAGAAUUCAGUUGCCUCACAACCCUGGACCUAUAACUGUACAGUUUAUAAAUCAGUGGAUGAAUGAUACAGAUUGUUUUCUUGGGCAUCAUGACCGGAAGAUGUGUAUAAUAGGACUGAGUAUCCUCUUGGAAUUGCAGAAUCGACCUCCUGCAGUAGAUGCUGUGGUGGCACAGAUUGUGCCCUCAGUUCUCUUCCUUUUCCUUGGCCUGAAGCAGGUCUGUGCUACCAGACAACUGGGAAACCAAGGAGAUCGCUUAAAAGCAAAGAAAACUGAUAUGGAAGAAAAUGAGGAGAUUUCAAGUGAUGAAGAGGAAGCAAAUAUAACUGCGCAAGCCAUGCAGUCUAAGAAUGGGCGAGGUGAAGAAGAGGAGGAAGAUGAUGACGACUGGGAUGAAGAGGUCUUAGAGGAAACUGCCCUUGAGGGAUUCAGCACUCCACUUGACCUUGACAAUAGUGUGGAUGAAUAUCAAUUUUUUACCCAAGCUCUGCUGGCUGUGCAGAAUCGGGACGCUGCCUGGUACCAACUGCUGAUGGCCCCGCUCAGUGAGGACCAGAGGAGAACGCUGCAGGAGGUGUACACCCUGGCAGAGCACCGGAGGACGGUGGCAGAGGCAAAGAAGAAGAUUGAACAACAGGGAGGCUUCACCUUUGAAAAUAAAGGCGUCCUCUCCGCAUUUAACUUUGGGACUGUGCCCAGCAACAACUGAAAGACGGAACAUCCACCGACCAAGACCAAGUGUCAUCGGGAAAUUUCACUUCACCAGGGGAAUGUGGAAUCCAGGGGAGGAAGGGUUGGGAGCUGCUGUUUGGCACCCUCCUGCUGUGCCAGUUACUGCCUGGCAUAGGGCAGUACUUUUAUCCACUUUCCCCUUUGACCUUUCUCACCCUGAAAUAUGUAUUUUAAGCAGCUACUGUAAUGUAUGAAAUUAAAGGAAAACAAAAUCAUUGGACUGAAAAGGACAAAUCAUAUGCUCCAAAGGAUGAAUGACCAAGGUGGUUUUAGAGGAUUGGAUCAAUUGCACGUCUCAGGUUUUUGCCAUGCAGAAUCAGUGGAUUUAUGCAGAUAACAGUGCCUUCUGUUGUACAUGAAUUAUCUGAAAACAUUUUUUUGGAGUGCAUUGCGAUUUUUUUUAAAGCCUAAAACAUAUUUCUAGAUAUAAUGUAAACUUUGGCGAUAUGUUGACUUAUUCUGCGUUUUACUAUGUGAAUUUACUGUUAGGCAGUUAGCUCCAACUCACUCUGGUUUCAAAAACAUCACCGCUCCCCUUGCUUACCCGGUGGCCGGGGCUUUCUUCAGGGGCUGUAACGUAUGCACUGGCUCUGGGUUUUCAUAAGAUAUUUUGUGACUGUUCUAAGCAGUGUCUUAUUCCCUCUUCCAUCAUGAGUUUCAGCCCUGAAAGGGUGGUAUUUCUUUUAGAGGCAGCAGAGAUGAGUAUCAGUUUUAUUUAUAACCUGAUAAGUUCAGGACUGAAAAAUUUCUUGGCGGCCAGUGGCAGGGACUCUUCAGUCAGUGGAAUAAAUAAGUCCAAGUAUAUUCUGAAUCGUGGACUUAAUGAUGCAACGAAUUGAUAGUCAUCCUAAAGCACAUUGGACUUCUAGAGUAAAGGAGCUUGCUAUCUUUCGGGAUGGGGCUUGCAUUUUUAAUAACUCAUCAUUCCAGCUGUGGUCGACCCGGGUCCAAAGCAUUUUGUAACCAUGUUUUUUAUCUAGGGAAAAAAAAAGACCCAAAUCUAACUUGUUGCUUUCUCAGACAUCUGUAUUUUCUCCUGCCUAAUUCAUUCUAGUCUUUAUUAUAGCUCAGUUUGGCUUGUAUUUUUCAAGGGUCAGGGCUGUUGGUCAGCUGCACUCUUAGAUGGUAAUGAUGUAAGAAAGCCCAUCGAAAAUAUUGCAGAUGAAAAUGACAGCUGUUUUUCUGAGCUGAUUCAAGACCAGAAUGUGGGUCGUAGUGUUUUCAUUCAGUAAAGUGAAAGUGUGUUUUCAGAACUUAAUAUAUUACUGUAUGUGACACAGUUUUCCAUUUUUGUGAAAAGUCUGCAGCUGAUCUUUGCCAUCAGCAACUGGAGGAAUUUCUCCAGGUGCUUCUCAUUGUACCGUCUCUUAUUAACUCUUUUUAGAAUUUCAGGUUAUUUAAGUAGUUUUUAUAGAAGUAGCCCAAGAAGCCAUGCGUUUUGGAGCUAAAUGAUCCCCUUUUAUCCUCUGUCCCUCUCUUCCCCAGGCUUUGACAGUGAAUAUGCCAGCUGAUGGCUAGAAGAGAAGGAUGGCAUUGGAGAGUGGGGAGGGGAGAAGAAACCCUUCUUAUUCUUCUCAUGCUCCAAAUCUGUGGUCGGCAGACUGCAGCUCACGAGCCACAUGCAGCUCUUUGGCCCCUUGAGUGUGGCUCUUCCACAAAAUACCAUGGCCUGGGCGAGUCUAUUUUGAAGAAGUGGCGUUAGAAGAAGUUUAAGUUUAAAAAAUUUGGCUCUCAAAAGAAAUUUCAAUCGUACUGUUGAUAUUUGGCUCUGUUGACUAAUGAGUUUGCCGACCACUGCCCCAAAUCAUUUAAUUUUAACGUAAAUAAUAUGCCUUCACACUGGAUUGUCAAAGGCAUGUGAUUGCAUUUUUGUAAUGUGUUGUCUCCUGCAGUAUUAAAGGGAAGUAAUUGUUAAUGUGUAUCAUCCCAUCCUGUUUUUGAAGCCAGGGUAGUUGUAUAAUUUUGUUACCAGCAGUGCUAACCUGAAUGUGAUCUGGCUAUCUCGGACAUGCAGGAACUUAUAUGAAUGUACUGUAAAGUAAAAUGCGGGCUGAUCCCCAGGAUCCUGAA